GACGCCAGCCUCGAGGCAGACUCGGUCGAGUUGGUCAAGAUCGCGCGGACAUCGCAUCUGCCCAGCCUGUACCACGGUCCAACGCACUUGACGACGGCGCGUAUUCGAGUCGCGACCGUUGCCGGGAGCCGAGUCUGCGACCGGCCUCGACGGCCACGGGCCAGAGGAAAAUGGAAACAACUGGCACACUUCGAUGUCGUGUAG